AGGAAAGGCUAAAUUUUGGUUUGAGCUUAGUGAAAAAUAAAGAUAUUUUUUUCUUCCUUGCCCAGUUCAUGGACCCUAUGAAUUCUUUCCUUUUCUGGACCUCAGGUUAAAAACCUCUUCUCUAGAAGACCUGGAAGUCAGCCUAUUAAACAGAAUGGAUUUUUUUUUUUAAAAGGUCUAUUUAGGUCUCUUGAAAACAGAUUGCGAGAAUACAAAAUUCACUAUACAAAUUCCACUUUCACCUAAGAAAUAAGAGCAAAAUUCUUUAAUCCUCUGAAAAUUUAUCUUGAAUGCUGUAGACUGAUAUUUGGCUUCCAUGGUUAAAUGUGGACCAUUAAGUCAGUGUACCAGAUAGUCUACUACUUACUGUACACUGAGAAAUAACAGGUCAUUGCUAAGGCUAUAUAUCUAUAUACACAAACGCACACACUUUGCUGAGUUAGCAUACUGUUAAUCUUUGAAGUAUUAAAUUUCAGUUAUUAAGGGAAUAACCUGUAGGAUUUACAGAGCCAUAGAAUUGAAACAGAAAAAUCUUGGAUAUUAGUGCCACCCCUGCAUUUUACAGAUAAGAACAUUAGAGCUUUGUUAGAAUGGGGAAGUGAUUGCUUAAAUCAAACACCUAGUGGGACUAAUUUCAUUGAUCUUGGAGAAUAUGUUACAAAAUGACAGGCUUUGAGCAAAUCCUGAUAUAAUAAAGGAGAAGUUUACGUAUUCCUCUGUUUGUAUUCUCAACACUCUAUUCGAAUUCUGAUUUCCGUCUAUUGUGAUUUAAUGAACUAUUCAUCCGUCUAGCAUAUUUUAAGUUUAUUUCAAAUAUUAAAGUGGCUAAUUUCUUUAAAAUAAUGUCAGAGCUAAAAAAUUGAUCUUUCUAACAUGACAAACAAUGUAUCAUGGUAAAUAACAUAUAUAUUAUGAUAAAGCAAGUCUUCCUAACAAACUUUUAAAAUAAAAAUUUUGCAUACUUAGCUAACAGUUCAAAAAUCAACUACUACCAAUAAAACUAUUUUCCUCAUGAAAAGGUACAGAGUUUGUAAGAGCAAAACUUCUUCCUCUUUAUUUUUAAUUACAAAAAUAAACCAAAGUCCUGACAUAUUUGUAGUAUUUUUUUUUCUAAAGGAAAAAACAGGAACUUUCAUUGUACUUUAAAGUUAAAGUUAUUACCUCAGAUAUUUUACCAGCUUAAUACCGUGAAAUCAGUUUCAGACAAAAGAGACCGACAGCUCUCUCUAGGAAAUACUUAAUUAGGGUGGUGCCUAUGAAAUACCCAGGGGUCCUGUAACUGAUCAGUUUUUCCCAGAGGGUUUCUGCAGUGUAUAGUCCUGGCUGGACAGCAAGCAUUAUGCUCCGAUUUUUCCUGUUGCCUGGCUAGUAACCCCCCGGCAGGAAGAUAACGGAGAAGCCAGAGGGCGGAGCAGCCAGCUACACAUGUCUGGCUGUUCUUAUCAACUUAUCAUAUAAGGAAAGGAAAGUGAUUGAUUCAGAUACUGACACUGUAGAAUCUGGGAAAAGAGAAACAAAGCUGAUCUGUAAAGCUCACAUAGUGAGCAGGAUUAUUCUUCCUACUGGAUUCAGUUUGCUGGAUGACUGGAGAGAAGACAGCAUUAAAAAUCAAGUUUGCUACUUGACAAGGGGGAGAAAGAAGACUCUCGUUGAUCAACCUUAAGCCAUGGCAGCAUAACCCUGCAUUUUAGAGGCGGCUGAGUAUUCUGGACUCUGUGUGCCCUCAAGUUUGCUAAGUUGGUGGUUUAUCACCAAAAGGAAGAAUGUGGCAGAUUGUUUUCUUUACUUUGAGCUGUGAUCUUGUCUUAGCGGCAGCCUACAACAACUUUCGGAAAAGCAUGGACAGCAUAGGGAAAAAGCAGUAUCAGGUUCAGCACGGCUCAUGCAGCUACACUUUCCUCCUCCCGGAGAUGGACAGCUGCCGCUCCUCGUCCAGCUCCUACGUAUCGAACGCAGUACAGAGGGACGCACCGCUAGAUUAUGAUGACUCGGUGCAGAGACUGCAAGUACUGGAGAACAUCAUGGAAAACAACACUCAGUGGCUAAUGAAGCUUGAGAAUUAUAUCCAGGACAACAUGAAAAAAGAAAUGGUAGAGAUGCAGCAGAACGCAGUACAGAACCAGACUGCUGUGAUGAUAGAAAUAGGAACAAACCUAUUAAAUCAAACGGCUGAGCAGACUCGGAAAUUAACUGAUGUUGAAGCACAAGUAUUAAAUCAGACAACAAGACUUGAACUUCAGCUUCUGGAACAUUCCCUUUCUACAAACAAAUUGGAAAAACAGAUUUUGGAUCAGACCAGUGAAAUAAACAAAUUGCAAGAUAAGAACAGUUUCCUGGAGAAGAAAGUCCUAGACAUGGAAGACAAGCAUGUAGUUCAACUACGAUCCAUAAAAGAAGAGAAAGAUCAGCUCCAGGUGUUAGUAUCCAAGCAAAAUUCCAUUAUUGAAGAGCUAGAGAGACAACUGGUGACCGCCACCGCGAACAAUUCAGUUCUCCAAAAGCAGCAACAUGAUCUGAUGGAGACAGUCCAUAAUUUGUUGUCUCUGAUGUCGACAUCAAACUCAGCUAAGAACUCCUUUGUUGCUAAAGAAGAACAAAUCAUUUUCAGAGACUGUGCUGAAGCAUUCAAAUCAGGACUUACGACUAAUGGCAUCUACACAUUAACAUUUCCCAAUUCCACAGAAGAGAUUAAGGCUUACUGUGACAUGGAGACAAGCGGAGGUGGGUGGACGGUUAUUCAGCGACGUGAAGACGGCAGUGUUGAUUUUCAGAGGACUUGGAAAGAAUAUAAAGUGGGAUUUGGUAACCCUUCAGGAGAGUACUGGCUAGGAAAUGAACUUGUUUCCCAACUGACCAAUCAGCAGCGUUAUGUGCUGAAAAUACACCUCAAAGACUGGGAAGGGAAUGAGGCAUACUCACUGUAUGAGCACUUCUAUCUCUCAAGCGAAGAAUUCAAUUACAGGAUCCACCUUAAAGGACUUACGGGGACAGCCGGCAAAAUAAGCAGCAUAAGCCAACCAGGGAACGACUUUAGCACGAAGGACGCAGACAACGACAAAUGUAUUUGCAAAUGUUCACAAAUGCUGACAGGAGGCUGGUGGUUUGAUGCGUGUGGACCUUCCAACUUGAACGGAAUGUACUACCCACAAAGGCAGAACACAAAUAAAUUCAAUGGUAUUAAGUGGUACUACUGGAAAGGAUCAGGUUACUCACUCAAAGCCACGACUAUGAUGAUCCGACCAGCCACCUUCUAAAUGCUUGUGCACAUCUAACGAAUGGUGUAUUGCACUGUUUUCAAAGAUUUAAUCCCAAAGCACUGAAAGACCAGCUGCGUGCUGUCUCCUUUUCCACCUCAGACAACCUGCGCUUGGGGGCUAAAGGAAUCAGUGGGCUCCAAAUGAGAACAUGGGAAUCUUCAUCACUUAACAAAUGAAAGCACAACCGAAACAAAAAGACCUGCCUGCUAACAUGAUGUGGUAGAACACCUGUGCGGAAAACAAAUCUAAGGUUGAGAAUUAGACUGACAAUUACACAUCCUGUUGUCACGACCAAGAAGGUGCGAGUUGAUCAGUAAAUAACUGGAAAACCAAACACUUGUGUAACAUAGUACAGAUCAUCUUGGAAUUGCAUUCUGCUGAGCACUGUUUAUAGACUGUGUAAAUAUCCACGUCCUGAAUUCAGCAUCACUAUCAUAAUUAAAAGGAAGAAAAAGGCAUUUUUAAAAUUCUCUAUGCCAUACAAUAUAUAUUCAGGGAUAUUCUGAGAAGUGGUUAUUAGCAGUUGAACAUUUGGAGAAGGGAAAACAUAGUUAAUGCGUUUCAACUUCUAUUAGGUGCUUAAAACUUUUAUCUUGAAAAACAUGUAUUUACAUAUGUGUUGACAGCUUAGUUUUAAGUUAAUGCCCAAAUAUAUAUUUCAAGUUUAUACGGUGAAAACUUCCAGGAUCCCAAAAAUUAUCAAUAGAAAACAUGUCGUUUUACUUUAUAUGAAGAUUGUACUAUUUUUUUUUCUACCUGGCUGUUAAAUAUAAAGGUAUUUUUAGUAAUUAAAUAUAACUUAUUAGGUGAGAUGACUAUGUUUUACUUUUUUUGAUAAUACUUACAAGAUUUGUAACUUGGUUCUGAAACAACUGGAUUGUGCCUCAUGACAAAGAAAUAUCUGAUUUUUAAUUAUGAAGAAAAUUAUAUGACAGAGACUUUCCUAUCUUAUAUUCCUGUUCCAAGUCAGAGGUGAUUUUUCUCUACUAGUAAGAUGUAUUUUAGAGAACUAGGCUACGGUUUAAUUUGUGG